AUGCCCAAUCUCAUCGAAAUGUCCGUCAAGAAAUUCAUGCUCACUUGUACACUAUUUUCUUCAGCAACAAACGCAGUUCCCAGAAAUAGCAAUUCGGCCGCUCAGAAUCUUGCCGAUCCAAACUAUGGCCCCGUGCCCGGACAGAGCCCUCUCUACAGCUCGUACAGGGGGAAAGCUCCGCCGUUUCCUGGCAACAUAACUGAACCCAUACUGCCGACAGCCAAAGGAUCUCCUGGAGCUGAUGAUGUGGUGUGGCAGAACUUGCUGUCUGCUGAAUGGGUCAUCUUCUCGUUUUACCAACAUGGAGUCGAGCACUUCAAUGCUGCAUCUUUCAUCAAGGCCGGCUACCCCAAUACGACGUACGAUCGCAUUCAAGAGAUUCGCAACAAUGAAGCCGGCCACUUGCGCAUCUUUCAGAAUCAAAUAUCCCCGAAUUCUCUCAAGCCUGGUGCCUGCAGAUAUACCUUUCCAUUUUACGAUCCGAGCUCUUUCUUGGCGCUGGCUACGGUGAUAGAAAUCUCGAGCAUGGCCUUUUUGACGGGCCUCGUGCAGAUGGCAAAGUUGCCUGCCUCCCAAGGGGCAAUCACUGCCAUUGCUGAGACCGAGACUCGACACGAGACGUGGUCGCUCAUCGACAUCUGGAAGUCGAACCCCUUUGGCGGUCCGGCCGACGCAGUCUUCCCAUACGCCAAUGAGAUUCUCGGCAUCACCAACGCUUUUAUCGUUCCGGGCAGCUGUCCUCCCGAGAAUCCUGUAUACCCGUUUCCGCGACAAAAUUUGCCUGCAUUUUCAGCGGCUGAUGCUACGAAAGGGCUGCAACCCGGCGACAGCUUUGCACUAAACUUUACCGACCCCAGCAACCAGCCACGUUUCGACAAGGGCAAGCAGUACUAUGCUACUUUUUUUCACGGGCCAUCCAAUAUCAGUGUAGCAAUUGACACUGAGAGCUGGCCCGAACACAGCAUACAAGUCAAAAUCCCCCCUCAGUUUGAGGCACGGGGAGUGAUCAUCGCGGUGCUGACGGACACUGUUGGUGCACCGACAGUGGAUACUGUCAAGGCCGGCCCGAGUAUCCUUCUGGAGCAGCCGGCUGCACUUGGAUUGGCGGUGUUGUGA